UUUUUUUUCUUUUGAAGGUGGCUUCUCAGGGUUUUUAUGGCCGGAUGGGGGAUUUUUUUACCUGGUUAAACUACCACUAAGUUGCUCGGUUAAAUAAGGCCUCCUAAGGAUAACAUUCUGUAAUCUCCAAAGAUGACAGCUGUUGCAGUGCUAGAGGAGGUACUGGCUUCCAUUGAAAAUGAGCUGCAAGCGGUGGAGAUGCAGAUUCAGGAACUUGUGGAUAAACAGCAGGAACUCAUUCAAAAGAAGAUGAGAGUAAAGAGUCUGAUAAAGCAGUCCUCAGGAGACUUGGAGGCAGGUGGAAGUAAAGAGAUGGAAACCUCAGCCGAGGCAUGGAACAAAAAAGAUUUUCCAUGGUAUGAGAAGAUAAAAACUGCACUGCAGGGCAAAUUUAAACUCCAGAAGUUUAGGUCCUUGCAACUUGAAACAGUAAAUGCUGCAAUGGCAGGAAAGGAUAUAUUUCUUGUCAUGCCUACAGGUGGUGGAAAGAGCCUUUGCUAUCAGUUACCAGCUGUGUGUUCUGAAGGUUUCACACUCGUGAUAUGUCCUUUGAUAUCACUUAUGGAAGAUCAACUCAUGGUUUUGGAACAGCUUGGUAUUUCUGCAACUUUAUUAAAUGCCUCAAGCAGUAAGGAGCAUGUGAAGUGGGUUCAUACCGAAAUGCUAGACAGAAAUUCACAACUGAAGCUCAUUUACGUGACCCCGGAGAAGAUUGCAAAAAGCAAAAUGUUCAUGUCAAAGCUAGAGAAAGCUUAUCAAGCAGGGUGUCUUGCUCGCAUUGCUGUAGAUGAAGUCCAUUGCUGUAGUCAGUGGGGCCAUGACUUCAGGCCUGACUACAAGUCUCUUGGUAUCUUGAAAAGACAGUUUCCCAAUGCUCCCUUGAUUGGAUUGACAGCAACUGCUACAAAUCAUGUUUUAAAGGAUGCUCAGAAAAUUUUGCAUGUUCAGAAGUGCAUUACCUUUACUGCUUCUUUCAACCGGCCCAAUCUUUACUAUGAGGUUCGUCAUAAGCCUUCAAAUAAUGAAGAUUUCAUUGAGGACAUAGUUAAGGUCAUUAAUGGAAGAUACAAAGGACUCUCAGGAAUUGUUUAUUGUUUUUCUCAGAAGGAUUCUGAGCAAGUUACUAUGAGUUUGCAGAAACUGGGAAUCAAGGCAGGGACUUACCAUGCAAACAUGGAUGCUAAAUGUAAGACCAAAGUUCAUAAAGGAUGGGCAGCGAAUCAAAUCCAGGUUGUGGUGGCGACUGUUGCUUUUGGCAUGGGAAUUGAUAAACCUGAUGUGAGGUUUGUAAUUCAUCAUUCUAUGAGCAAGUCCAUGGAGAACUACUACCAAGAGAGUGGACGUGCAGGUAGAGAUGACCAAAAAGCUGAUUGCAUUUUGUACUAUGGCUUUGGAGAUAUAUUCAGAAUCAGCUCAAUGGUAGUGAUGGAAAACGUAGGGCAAGAGAAGCUGUACGAUAUGGUGUCUUACUGCCAGAAUAUGAGCAAGUGUCGCCGGGUCCUCAUAGCCCAUCAUUUUGAUGAAGUAUGGGAUUCUGCAAACUGCAACAGAAUGUGUGAUAACUGCUGUAGAGAGAGCUCAUGUGAGAAAAUGGAUGUAACAGGAUACUGCAGGGAUCUAAUCAAGAUACUUGAACAAGCUGAAAACAUGAGUGAGAAACUCACACCACUGAAAUUAAUUGAUGCGUGGUCUGGGAAAGGUGUAUCAAAAUUCAGGGUGGCUGAAGUUACUCCACCAAAGCACCCUCGAGAGGAACUGGAGAGAGUUAUUGCCCAUUUACUGCUGCAGCAGUAUCUGAAGGAAGACUUCAGCUUCACGGCAUUCGCUACAAUAUCCUACCUGAAGAUAGGACCAAAAGCACAUCUGCUGAAAAACGACGCACAUGUCAUAACUAUAGAAGGGAUAACAAACAAGAAAAGUGUUUACAAGGACAAAGCAUCUCAAUCUUCGAAUUCAAAAGGAAGCAGAGAAAGUGCUCAGAAUAUUUCAAAGACUGUGCAGGACUCAGUGGUGAAGAAGGCACAGGAACAUAAACGGCCUAACUGUGGUUCGAACUUAAAAGCAAAGAAGCUUAAGCUUCAGGCAGGUGGAGAUGACCAACCAGUGGUUCUUGACUGAGUUUCACAGACUACGUUUAGGAUCUAAUCUUGUUUGCUUCUCCAUGGACAACGCAGUGUGUAAGUUCAGUUUGUGUUUUAGUAAUGGUACCUUUUGUGCAUUUUUUAAAUAAAAAACUAACAGGGCAACAAGUAUAUUUAAAACCCUCAAAUCUAGAAAAAGUCUAGUAGUCGAGGGGAAAAUGCUUCAUAUCAAAAUAACUGGUGCAUUAUCUUUUGAUACAGCAAUGACUACAAAAUGUAAAUAAUUACCAUGUUGCCUUUCUAAGUCUUUUGGAAGCAUAGUGUGUAGUAACACUACUGCAGAAUCAACAAGCUGGAAGGGACUUCCAGAGAUCAUUUAGUUCAAUCUCCUGCUCAAAGCAGGUCCAGUUGGAAGAGGGUGCUGAGGAUUGUGUCCAGUUAAGUUUUGACCAUCCCCACAACCCCUCUCAAUACCUGUUCCAGUGUUUGACCACCUUCAUGACCAAAAAAAGGAAAAAGGACGU